AAGAAAAAAAAUUAUUUGGGCUUUAUUUACAUUUAACCACAGUAAAGAGAGAGGGAGUGAAAAUUUUCACCUUUUACUUCCACCUUAUUCAUAUAAAGAUCAUCUAAAGUAUCGUUAAGAUUAAUCUGAUUCAAGUAUAUUCAUUUACUCCUUGAUCUCAUUGUCCAACUUUUUCAAAUAUUCAUUUUACCUUAAAAUCUGAAAAUAAAAAUAAAAAAAUAUAAUCCAUCCCAUACUUAAAGAUCUCUUAAGAGUCACACUAGCAUAAAAUCAUCAUCAUCAAAAACUCAUACCCCAUAUAGUCAUACCCUAUUCAUAGAUCUAUAAUGCCACGAGUAUUUCGAAAAUAUAAUGAAUUACUUAAGAAAUACCCUUUCAGAACCAAUAUGAUCACCACGGGGUUAUUCUUUGGAUUAGGUGAUUUCAGUGCACAAAUGUUAUUUCCUCAUCAUCAAAUUGAAGAAGAACCUCAAUCAGAUGGAAGUAUCAAGACCAUUAAAGUUAGAUCUGAUUAUAAUUUUCCAAGAACUUUACGAGCCAUGACUUAUGGAUCAGUGUUUUUCGCUCCAAUUAGUGUGUUUUGGCAUGCAAAGACUUUACCUCGAAUUUUAAACCCUUUCAUAAAAAGAGCCACCAGAUCAAGAAUGAUGAAUGAUGAAAAAUUAAAAUCAAGAUUACAUAUUUAUGAUACAUUAUUCCGAUUAACCAUUGAUCAAUUAUUUGUCCCUGCUAUAAUUUGGAUCCCCUUAUAUAAUACCGUGAUGAUAACUUUAGCCAUGCAUGAAAAUCCGUUACAAUUAGCCUAUGAGAAAUUACAAAAUAAUUGGUGGAAUGUGUUGAAAGCAAGUUGGACAGUAUGGCCUGGAUUCCAAUUAUUCAAUCUUUAUUUCAUCCCCGUACAUUUAAGAAUCGUUGCUUCUAAUAUUUGGUCGAUUGGUUGGAAUGGAUAUUUAAGUUUUAUUCAUAAUACGAGUGGUCAUGGUAAAGGAAGUGGGAAAUUAUUGGAAGAGAUUGUUGAUAUUGAAGAUGAUGAACAAGAAGUCACUAUGGUUUAUGAUUAAACUGUUAUGUAUAUUAAUGUAUAUUAAGAAAUUAUAGAUUUUUUUACGUUUACUUUGAUUUAAAAUUUUGUAGAGAUCUAAUUUUUUUGCAUUCAUAUGUGGAGGAGGGGAUGGAUAUCUUAUCGCGUACACACAGUAAAAA